GUGAUGGAUAGGUUCAACGGAGCACUAUCCAAAUCCAAAGUUUGCUGAUGCGACCGGGGGCUUUUCAGCUCGUCAAUGGAUUUCUGUACAUCCUGCAGUUGCCUUUCAAGGUCUGCGUUCUUUCUCAUCAAUUCUUCACUGUAUUUGGACGAGCUGGGCUCGAUAUUCAACUUCCCACUUCCCCUCGGCCUGGUCGGCACUACUAUAUUGCUUAGAGCGGGUGAGUUUCUAGUCGCCACAACCACAGCUGGUUGCGCAUCCCUAUUCAGCAAAGGAAUCAGGGGGUCAUCAGGGACUAAGCGGGCAAGGAUUCUUCCCAUUGCCAUUUUGAGAACUCUGGUUCUCUCUUCGAGCUCGGUUGUCCGAGCAGGUUCUGUUGACCUUUCAGGUCGUUCACGCUAUGCAUUGUUCGGUCUGGCAGAUCUUUGUCUCGUUCCUGUUGGAACUUGGAACUGUUCAGGCUGGGUUGCAUACCCAGUUGGUGUUCUUUCAUCAUCCGUCUCACUUAGAUACGUGAUCGUCCUCCUGUUCGUCUAUUUCAUUUCUUGGGGGGCGUUCUCCUGUAAAGGUACGGACCAUUUUGUCUUUCAGCAGGUUAAGUCACACAGCUUUUUGUUCGAGUUCCCACAGACGGCGCCAAUGUUUCGGCAGCUUCGCGAUCCAACACUGUUGAAGCCCUCAGCUGCUUCUACACCUGAAAAUCCCGAGGUUGUUUCCUCGGGGAAAACACUCCGACGCUCAAGUCAGCAAUACUCAGUAUUCUAGAGAGAGAUGCUCUCAAGGAGUGAUAGAUGCUCUCAAGGAGUGAUUGCAGAGAGAGAAGCGUAGAGAUUCAUUACCUUCA